AGUUUUCCCCAGUGUGGUUUGCCAUGAAAGUGAUGUUCACCGUCUUAUGCCUUACCUUUAGUAUUAAUAGUUUACCUUUGGAUGCUUGGUCUUGCACGAAGGAUCCCAGAACUUACACAAUAGAAGAAAUGACAAAAUUAGUGUAUGCAGUUGCAAAUGAUAAAGGAGUACCUCCAACUGUUAUAGUAAAUAGAAUAUUGAGAAAAGUGAGAUACAGGCAAAGAAAUGAAAAGGCAAGACAAAAAAGCCAAAUUCAACAGAUAGCCCUAAAAGAACUUCUCAAUAAUAACCAUCGACCUCCGCCUGAAAGUACUAUAGACUUCAUGAUUCCUACAAAUCAAGGAUCAUCCUCGAUUAUUCCCUCUCAGUCUUUACCUCCGCCUCUGCAAUUACCUCCUACUUUUACAAUACCUGCAUCAAGACCAGUAUCUCCAUCAAGACCAGUCCCUCUAUCAAGACCAGUUCCUCCAUCUCGUCCUAUGAGUCCACCACCCGGACAGUCCGGUAUGCUGACAGGAGUUCUGUUUUCGACAGGAUUUUCGGAUCACUCUCAGAGUAGACAGCCAUACCCACAACCAUUUUAUAUUCCAGUACAAAAUUUAAGGCCUCCGCCAGGAGUAACUGUCCGAGUUAAAAGUGGUGUAACAGAUGGGACACUUCCAGAUGUUGUGGUAACCUUAUCCCCAAUGAUGACAAUUGUUGAAGUUCUGAAACAAGCAGAAAGCAAAUUUCGAUCCUUAUUGGGCAUCUCAUCAUUAUCUGAAGAUGAAGUUAUCACGUUCAGUCGUUCAUCUAUUGCAGAGUGUUAUGUUAUUGAAGGUUUUAACGGUAUGAAAACAAAUAGUAGAGGAUACUGGAAAAUAGUUGUGUAUGACCGAAACGAAGAAGUAGUUUAUGAUAGUGUUUGCUUGCCUAGCAGAAAUGAAGUACCUGUAAAGCCUGGGAUGACAAUCACACUCUUAUAUUCUCUUGUAUAAUCAUUGUAUCUCAUUUGCAUCGCAAGUUACUACUCUAGGUCCUUCAAAUCGUGAUACGUCAACUUUUUUGACAUAGAAAUGUAUAUAUAUCUUUCGAUGUUCUUUUGUCUUGAAUGUAUUGUUUAUUUGAAAGUUAAUAAAACUUCAACAUGUUUACUUUAAUAGAUUUUAGUGAUGAGCAAAUGAA